UGUACUAUUUGUAACGAAUUGUAUUCUUCAGUAUCGAACGUUUUUCUUUUCAAAGUACAUUGAGUGCAUUACAACUAAAAAAUUUAGGAAAGAAUUUAAAUUUUUCAUUUUUUCCAAGUUGCACAUUUUUUGUAUUUACAACAAUAUUUUUUGGAAAUUCACUAACGUUGUCGACAAAAGAAUAAACAAGUAAAAAAAUGGUUGGCAAAUGGACUCUACAAUUACUGGGUACAGUUCUCAUGUUCAUUGUGGGAAUUUUUAAUUUCUAUAAAGAAGAAAUCCCACUUACUGAAAACAGUUGUUUGAAAGAAAUCACUCUUAUGAAUGAUAGAAUAAAUAUGGACUUUAGAGAACAACUGAAAAUUACUACUCAAUAUUUUGAAAAACUUUUAAAUUCCUACAAAUGCAACAAAAGUAAUUCACCAACAGUAAGUGUAAAUUAUAAUUAUAGAAAAAUUUUAAUUUUGGCUUGUGAGAGUGCAGAAGACAUUUAUUUAUAUAACAGACUCUAUAAUUAUACAUCAGAUUACUUAAUACCAAGUAGAAUUAAAACAAUAAAAAAUGCAAUUCCAUUUGCAUGUGGAAAACAACCAGAAAGAUUAAAAGAAAUAUAUGAAAGUAUUUACCAAUUCUUAAAUUUGUAUUACACAAAUUUUCCAAAUGAAAGAAAUGGUAUUGAAUACAAUACUUGUUAUGUGGUGAGCCUAUUGGAAUUUGCAACAUUAGAAGAACUUAUUAAUUCUAAUGAUAUAAAGCUUUCAAGAAAUUUAGAAAUAGCAAAGAAAUGUGUUCCACUAAAGUUACAUAAGGAAAAUUCGACUGCUAAAUAUUUCAGCAAAAAAAUGUCAAAUAAUUCAAAAUCAGUUAAUUAUCAGCUACAUAGAAAAGAUAAAACAUUUAAAAAUCAUUUGAAACUUGUUACUAAAUUUUUUAAAUCAAUUUUAAAACACUGCGAAUUUAGUAAGUUUUCUGAAAAUGUUAAUUCUAAUACUGAAGAAUGGAAAAUUUCGAAAAUAAUUUGGUUCAUUUCUAUUAGUGCAAAAGAUAAUUAUUCUUUUCACAGCAAUGAUACAUUUAAAUUCAAUGUGAAUUUAUCUAAUUUUACUAGAAGAGUGUUACCAUCAAUAUCACGAGAAUGUGAUAAGCAACUAAAGGAAAAUUUAAAAUUAAUUCAAAAUAUGUAUCAACUUUUUAACAUGUAUCAUAAAAAUUAUCCAUUACAAUUCAUUGAAGAUGAUUACAGUAAAUGCUUUAUAAAAAGUGUUGAAAAUAUUAUGAAUAUCAAUUUAAAUGUAUUUUAUAUUUUUCAAAAAGAUCCAAACUAUGGGAAAAAAUCAAUUAAUGAUAUUGUAACAAAAAAUCUUGUUUCAAUAAUGAAAUGUGUUGAAUUAAAGGAACAUUUAUAAAUUACUCCAAGUAACAAAUUUAUCCGAUUUAAUUUUAAAAUAUUUAUAUUAAUGGCAAUUUUCUUACAAUUUUGUGCACAAAAUGAAAAAAAGAAAAUUAAUUGUAUGUAAAAAUAAUUUAAUAUUUGUAAACAUAAUGGCGAAUAUUUUAAAGCAGUUAAAAUAUAUUUUUCACAAAUGUCAAAUUGUACAUU